AUGCCUUUCACCGGAAGCGACAUCAUCAAGAUCAUCCUCGCCAUUUUCCUACCUCCUCUCGGCGUGUUCCUCGAGCGCGGCUGCAAUGCCGACUUCCUCAUUAACAUCCUCCUGACGGUGUUGGGUUAUAUCCCGGGCAUCAUUCAUGCGCUGUAA